AUGUACUUCGCUUUCAGCCCAUCAAACCGGCUUCAUGGCCAGAUCUGGACCGUUUGGUUUGUCGUUUUCGCUCUCGAAAUGUGGGCGGUGAUGCUAUUGUCUUGUCUGUACCCCAAGAUUGGAUUCCAGGACACCCACCUCAACAUCCGAAUGGGUCUUUUAACAUUGAUCAUCAUUGGAGAAGGCGUUAUUGCGAUCACUCGAAUUGUCAACAAGACGGUGCGGCCCGGCGGAUGGACGAAAUGGUCGUUUGUCCAUAUUUUGGGGGUGACAACCAAUGUGGUCUACUUUGACAUGACCCCGCGGCACAGACUCGGCAAGUUGGCCCAGCAAAUUUGGACGCAGUUGCAUUUCCCGUUUCAUGUCGCACUGAUUCUUCUCCUCGAGGGCUCGCAGAUCCUCGCGUUGAGUCUAGAUGUCACGCUGAAGUUGAAAUAUCUGAAACAGACGCUGUCUUUCAUCUGCGAGGAUCCGGUUCCUACUCACAGUAGUGGUGUUGCGUUGAUUCGAAGCACGAUCACGGACAUGGAGAUCCCGUUCAGUCGAGGUGCAACGCAAGAAUGGACUGCUAUCUCUAGUAUUCUGGAUGAUCUGACGCACCAGCCUCUUUGCCCCGAGUCUGGGACAUUCAGCUGGAUCCACACGGAGGACCUUUUCGGUGACCUGCUGGGAAACGUCACGGCAGCACUUUUCUCGAGUAUGGACAUAACCCCAUCGAACAAGAUAGACUACAACCUCUUGGACAACCAAGAAUCGCUUCGAAUAUACAUGAAACUCCUCGCCUUCGUCUAUGUAUACUUCUUCAUCGCUGCCAGCAUCUCCAUGGCCCUAUUCAGCGCGUUUCCAAUCCUCUCUCGCCGACACACCUUCCGCCUCCACCUAAUCCUCUCAACUGCCGUGCGCAUUCUCCUCGCUAUCUCCUUAGCAGGUUUAGUCUCACUUGCGAGCCAUUUCUCGCUAGCUUAUGCCUUUAUGACCUCACCGAUAAUCCUCUACGCCUUCACGCUAAUCCUCCUUACUGGUCGGUCCUUUUCCCGUGCUCUGUGCGCUCAAUUCUAA